ACGUCAAACCUCGAUUGCUACGAGAUCCCGCGAGGAUGGUUUGUGUCAGUAUGGCAGCCAAAAUGAUGUAGGUUGGAGUACUUUGGUCGAGGAAAGAGUGGAAGGCUUUACCAUGUGGCGGCAGGUUUUUGUCAUCUGUCUGCUGAUCACCUUGUCUGAUAUCUCAAGAGGAGUUCAGGCAAGACUAGAGCAAGAGCCAUUUGAAUUUGAAGAUGCUAUCAACGACGCACAAAGACGAAAUUUUGGAAGUGAAAAUGAACAUAUAAAGGCUGACAUCCCUAGUCAAGCGAAAGAUGUGAAUCCUCCUGCGGCGUCGGGCACAGAUCCCAAAGCGCCAGAAACACCAGCCACAAAUGGCACAACGCACUCUCCCAAAGGCACCCCACAGCCACUCGCCGGCUCAGAGCACAAAAAUAUCGGUCCACAUACAUCCAUGUUUGGUGGAACUGAUGUAAUCUUUUUAGUGACCGUAGCCGCGUGCAGUGUGGCGGGCUUGAUAGGCAUCAUAAUGGCUGGGGUGUGCUGGUACAAAUUGAAUCGGAGUGCAAAGGCUGCCAGUGAUGCGGAGUAUCCUGCAUAUGGGGUUACGGGACCCAACAAGGAGCGCCUCCCCUCUCCUGGGGACCGCAAGCUGGCACAGAGCGCCCAGAUGUAUCACUACCAGCAUCAAAAGCAGCAAAUGAUCGCCAUGGAGAAGGCCAACGGUGAGAUGAAGCACGACGCUUCCGAUGAGGAGUCGGAGGAGGAGAAUGAGGAGGGGGAUUACACAGUGUAUGAGUGCCCCGGUCUUGCGCCGACGGGCGAGAUGGAGGUUAAGAACCCGUUGUUCAGUGAUGAGACGCCGGUGACGCCCAGCGCUGGUGACGCAGAGAAGGACGGGGAGAACUAGGCCACUCUGUUGUCAUAGCAACCACACUGUUGUCAUGGCAACCAUGAUGUAACCACUCGUACAGUUGUGAUGUCAUUUUCUGCUCUAGUCAACAGUUAUCACAAAGAGUGAGAGUAAAGUCUUCAGGUUUCCCUGAUAGAUUUGUGAUGCCAAUAGAAGAAAACAAAUUGCAGACUCCAUAUUUCUGAAUUCUGAUGCACACCAAAGCUGUUGUGAUAACUUCUAAAUGUUCUCAUGAAAUCAUGUGUUCACAAAUUCAACGAUGUCUUUGGUCACGUGAAUUGGAAAGUGCCAUGAUUUCAUUUGAAGACUGGAGAACAGAUUCAGCAUUUAGUAAAUGGUUGCCAUGACAAUGUGGGAUAAUCUUUGUGCUGUCCUGAAUAUAGUUUCGUCCCCUCUUCCUGUUGGUUCUAUCAGAUGUUAUCAGAUGUUAUCGGAUGUGAUAACCCUUCUAGCAUUAUCAGUGCUACUUGUCUCAUUAUCUUCUACUGGCAACACUUUUGCAUGGAAAUAUAAGAAAUAAUGAAAUCUUUCUGAAUUAAUGUGUUGUGGCUGAGGUAAUAAAAUUGGUAUGAACUAUUCUCAGUGGUGUUAAAAUUGUGUUCAACUUGUACACUACUGCAAGAUUCUGUAUGUAUUUUGUGUUUGGUUGUGAUCUGUCCAUCCUGUAUAGUAAUUUACUGCUAAGUAUAUAGUGUUUGUGGGUACUGGGUUGACGUCGCCCUAUGGGUCAUAGGUACAGCAUCAUAUAGCGUGGACAUUGGUUCGUACUUCCUUCCUCUCUGCAUAGCAAAUCUGCACAGCUCCUUACCAUGAAACAAAAUCAUAGGGAAAAUGGAGAGAAAAACUGGUUCCGACAUCGAAUUAUGUUCAUAUGCUUUUUUGGAUUUUGUUACCGAAAAUCUUUAAAAUAUACCAUUUUAUUGCACUUUACAAAUUUACUAUGCAGAAAAGGGUCAAUUUGGGUGUGUAAUAAAAUCAAAACUAGACUUGUAACAUAGUGGCACGGGCUUGGGUUGAGGGAUAUUCUUUUGACUGAGAAUCCAUGGCACAGAGCUCAUCAAUUUAACCUUAGACAUUGAUUAAAGAAAAAAAUAGCUUAAAAAAUGUACAUUUAUAAAAACAUCCAACAGAAAAAGGCAAUUCUUCAGAAUACACGCCUUUCAUGUAACAUCAUUAGGAUGUAAUUUCAUGGUAACAUAUACCACUCAAAAAAUUAAGGACCAUCUAUUUCAUAUAACUAUAGUUAAUCUGUCAUAGCAUGACAAUAUAAAAGAAUAAGGUGAUCCUUAACUAUUUUUGAGUAGUAUAUAUGCAGAAGGUUAAGUUGAUCAUCAUACUGUGGUUGCACUUCUUCAGUCUACACUCUCCUAGUCAUGUACAGCAUGCUCUGGUCCACGGCCUUCUCCUGGGUAUAACAUGGUUCUUGUGAUAGAAAUGGCUCAGCUACAUAUAUAUAUCUGGCAUCUUUUGUUAUAUACUACAAUCAUUGUUACUGCAUUUUUUCUGUUAGUGAAUGUUCUUUCGCUCUUUGUACUGAGUUGUUCAGAUAUUCAUGUCAACUUCAAUGCAAAAUAGAAUUAAAAUAAAUCUUAUUCACAUGGCAACUGUGAAUUUCUGACCAAUACUAACAUUCCAUUUUUAAGCAUUUCAAGUUUGAAAUCAUUUACAUAUUUUAGUGGGAAAUUAUUCAAACAAUUAGGCCAUUUCAGCAUGUUAACAUGUGAUUUUAACAUAAAUAUAUUUUUUCAAUGAAAUAUUAUAAUUCUGGUUUUUUCUCUCCAGAAUGUCAUUUACAUGACAAUUUUGCUGACUCAGCUCUUUUUAUUUACUCCCUCUUUUUAUUGUUUUAGUUUUAUUGCAAUAUUUUUCUUUUACUCGACAGCUGUGCAACAUUCCCAGUAUACAUUCUGAAACAUGGUCAGAGUUUUCAAACUGACUAGAUAGAAUCUCUAGUUCAUUUCAUGCUUUCUUAGUACAGUACACUGCUUUUGAAACUAUAUAUAUAUUUUUCAAAAACUUUAGCAUUUUAAUACAAUAACACAAAAAAAAUAAUGCCAACAGAAGCCUCAGUGAAAGGCUUAGGGUUACUUCCCAUGCUUUGUUCACAAAUCCUUUUUAAAUAUUUUAUCAAAAGGUGAUGGUCAUUUUAUCAGCCUUUCCCCAUGGGUGAAGAGAAAAGUUAAUAAAUAUCAUGUGUCAAAUUAUUCCUAAAAUCAUAAUUCCUAAAAUCAUUUUUUCUGUAGAGAUCUUUAUCCUAGCAGUGCAAUAAACUUACUGAAUCGUUGAUCACAGAGUUGAUUGCUCUUAGCGUUGAUCUCUGAUAUUUUGUCAGUACAUGAUUGUGGAGGUGAGGUUUAUUUAUUGGUUGUCAUAGUUACCGUUGUGGCGCAUGUGUCACAGCAACAUUGUGUUAGUAGUCUGUAUAAAGCUUUGUUUCAUAUUGCCAUCAUAAGAAAACUGUUUUAUUUGGUCUGCAGAUGUAUAUGAAAUAUGACUAAAUUGUUCCAUUUAAUCUAUCCCAUUGGAAUGACAGUCUGUUGUUCGGAAAUCCUAACUUUGUAUAAUUUUGGGUUUUGAGAAAUUAAAGUGGAUUGAGAACUUUUUAAGUUUACAAAAUGGCAUGGUUAGAAGAUUCACGUAAUCUUAUUAUUCACGUAAUUUUGGUCAUUUCAUCUUGGAAAAGAGACACUUUGCUACGUCGGCAACAAUCACAAUACAAGUUGCUGUCAGCCCCCUGCAGAUCAGUGAAGGUCACAAAGUCCUUGUGGGUAUACACGGCAAAAUGCUUAAGGACAAAGCGAGCAAGCUUAAGCGACUUGGGAUAUUUUGCUCGUUGAAUACACCACUUUCCUGUACAUUUGUUGAAGUUUUGAAUGUGAAGUGUUUGUUGUUGGGCUUGUGAAAGCCGUGUUGGAGAGGGACUCCCUGGAGUGGGCUUGUUAACACGUUGAUGGUCACGACUGUUUCUUUGCAUUUCUUUCUUCUUUGUCAGCAAUAUGGAAUAAAACUUGUUGAGAAAA